CCCACUGGCCAGGUUCAAAGUGCAUCCCCUUUUAAGAGUGCCCAAUUUGGAGAAAAUGCUACGAACGAUUGCUGGCAGUGCUACACUCACACAAACCAUCCGACGCACGAUGGAUCGUAACCUUUGCAGCAGUGCGGCAGGAGUAGCAGCGAAACGGCUCACCGGAAAGGUGGCCAUCGUAACUGCCUCUACAGAAGGCAUCGGUUAUGCCAUCGCCGAACGUUUGGGUCAGGAAGGAGCGAAAGUGGUGGUCAGUAGUCGCAAGCAGCAGAACGUCGACCGUGCCGUGAACGAUCUGCGAUCUGCUGGUUUGGAGGUGACUGGAAUCAAAUGUCACGUUGCUAGUGCUACCGAUCGAAAGGCACUGUUCGAUCAUGCAGCCGAAAAGUUCGGUGGCAUCGACAUUCUCGUAUCGAAUGCAGCCGUCAAUCCGGAAGUUGGCGGUGUGUUGGAGUGUAGUGAAUCGGCUUGGGAUAAAAUUUUCGACGUGAAUGUGAAAUGUUCCUAUCUGCUAGCGAAGGAAGCGGUCCCAUUCCUGCGACAGCGUAACGGUGGCAGCAUUGUGUUCAUUUCGUCGAUUGCUGGUUUUCAACCGUUCCAACUGUUGGGUGCAUAUUCCGUCAGCAAAACGGCUCUGUUCGGGUUAACGAAGGCUGCCAGCCAGGAGCUAGCGACGGAGAAUAUUCGUGUGAACUGCAUUGCGCCCGGGGUGGUGCAGACCAAGUUUGCCGGAGCGUUGCAAGAAUCCGAUGCCGCCAAGGAAGAAACUCUUUCACGCAUUCCUAUGGGACGGAUCGCACAGCCGAAGGAAAUUUCCGGCGUGUGCGCAUUUCUCGUGUCGGACGAUGCGAGCUAUGUUACUGGCGAAACGAUUGUAGCAUCCGGCGGCAUGCCAUCAAGGCUGUAAGAUCGUAAUUAUCGUACUUC